AUGUAUCUUCGCUGCUUAUUGCUCUUCAUUGCUGUCGUCUUCUCGGAUGCAUCAAAAAAACGUUAUGAUGGCAAUAUUGUCGUAUCUGUAAUACCAUCGGAAGAAAAACAUUACAAAUUGUUAUUAGAUCUCGAAAAUCAACAUGAAAUUGAUAUUUGGAAUGAAUUACGUCGUAAUGGUUCUGUUCAUAUUAUGUUUCAUCAACAAAAACAAUCACAGUUUAUGUCACUUUUUCAUUCAUUAAAUAUGAAACCAACACUUUUAAUUAAUGAUGUGCAAAAGGUACUCGAAAACGAAGAACAAACUCUUCAAGCACAUGCUCGAUCUGGUGUACCACGUGGAAUCCACGAUACUUUUCAUAAUUAUGAACAAUUUACUGCUUGGUUAAAAGAGAUUACAAACGCUCAUUCACAGCUUGCAACACUCGUAUCCAUUGGUAAAACAUAUGAAAAUCGAGAUAUUUGGCUUAUUAAACUGACUGCUAAUUCUGGAGCAGCAAAGAAAAAAGGUUUCAUGGAUUUUGGUAUUCAUGCACGAGAAUGGAUUUCACCAGCAACUGGUGCUUAUAUAAUUAAUGAGUUGUUAACAAAAUAUGCAACAGGUGGUGACGCUAAAACAAUUUUAGAUACAUGGGAAUUACAUAUUGUUCCUGUUCUUAAUCCUGAUGGUUAUGCUUAUUCACAUUCAAAGGAUCGUAUGUGGCGUAAAAAUCGAAGACCAAUUAGUGGCACUUGUGUUGGUACUGAUCUUAAUCGUAACUUUGGUUAUAAGUGGAAUACAGGAGGUAGUUCAUCUAAUGGAUGUCAAGAUACAUAUCAUGGUGGUGCACCAAUGAGUGAAAAUGAAGCUAAAGCACUUCAAAGCUAUAUGACUGGUAAACAUUGGGAUACUUAUCUUACAUUUCAUUCUUAUGGACAAUGGUGGUUUACUAACUGGGGUUACACAGUAGCUGAUCCACCAAAUUAUGCACUUCUUAAAGAAAAAGCUAAUAUUGGUGCCGCAGCUAUUAAAAGUGUCAACGGACGAUCAUAUACAGUCGGUUCAUCAGCCCAAAUACUUUAUAUUGCCAGUGGAGGUAGUGAAGAUUGGACAGCAGGUACACUUGGAAUCUUUUACUCGUAUUGCCUCGAAUUACCACCAACAGGUGGUACUGGAUUUAUUGCCCCUACAAGUGAAAUUAAGAAAACAGGUAACUUUGUAUUUAUGGUUGAUAUAUUUAUUUGUAUUUAUAUUAUUUGUGUAGGUCAUGAAACUUAUGUCGGUGUUGUGGCUCUUUUGAAAAAUUUAUAA